AUGUCCUUUGAAUCAGACCAUACGUCCCCCUCUCUCACUCGCCUACCCUCUUCUGAUCUCUCUUCGCCCGAGCCUGACGAUACGUCUGCGUCGGCCCGCGCAGGAUCCCCGCUGCAAGCUAUGGACACUGAACCUGUAAACACCAAUGCCCCCGCUGCCGAAGGAGAACCAUCCAUUGUGGACGUCUACGUAGCGCGCCUCCACAGCGGGCUGUAUGAUGACAUUGCGAAGCAGCUCGGAUCCCUCCCGCACGGAUUGGCGCUCAGCGAGGCCACCCUGGGCAAGAACGUCGUGAAAGAACCUGGACCCAAUGGUAGUACGGUGUAUCGUCGACCCGAUGGAGCCGAGUGCGAACUUGUCCUCGUCGGCGAGCUUCAGUCCGCUGCUCAAGGAACGAAAUUUUCGGCGAGAGGGAAUCAUUACAUCAGUUCCAUUGCUAAUCCUAAGCCCAUUGUCGACACAUCCGUGGUGAAAUCAAUCCUUGUGCUUGGAAAACCCCGCCACUGCAUUGGCCGGAUGGCCGUCGUGUAUAAUAACCAGCUGGCGUCUCUGCAGGAAGUAGUCGACUCCGAUUUCGGUCAGCUUGAAGAGAAAGCAUCUCAGAACAUAACCAUUAAGGAACCGUACACAUCCAGCGAUGGCGACCCGGAGACACCCCCUGACCUAAUCAUCGUCCACACGGGGAAGAUGUAUGUGGCGCCAAAAGCGUCCUCCACGCCUUCCAAACGUCGCAAGAUCACCAAACAGGAUCUGUCCACCAACGAGAAGUCUAUCAUCGAAUCUACCUCUACGGCGGGCACCACAACUGCUGCUAGCACUUCUUCGGCCCCCGCCACCGGAGCUACAUCACCUGCAUCUUCGUCUGUCCCCCCUGUUCCUGAAAUCAAGACAUUCUAUGAUCCCCGUGUUCUCCCCGAUUACGGCGGUUCUCUCUUUCAACACCAAGCAGCACGCCUUCGCCAGCUCGACAUUCGCAAUGUCGAAAACAACCCUAUCCACCCUAGUGCCUGGUAUAGCGAACUGCGCGAAGGAACCCUCGUCCUCGUGAGUGCGACCGCCCACUGCUACAACUACAGCGACGGAGGAAAGGAGAGGCGUAUUUAUCAGCUGGAGGCCCAAACCAUCCGUGUUAUUGACAGGUCGGACGAACCUAUCGAGCCGCGCUCCCGUUGGGGUUCAACUGACAACACGCCCUCGACCUCAACUGAUCCGCUGGCGUCAAUUGCAGUCACUAAGCGCAGGCGUGACGAGGACGCUCAGGCUUGA